AGCUGGUUUUCGCUUGUUUUCGAACUCAAAGCAAUAUUAAAAGAAUGAUAACCGAAGGAACUUCACCUGCAAAUACAACUACAUCAGUUUCAACAAGCUUGAACGAGGUUGGAAAAUUAUUUGGACAAUUAUUUGGGCUAUUGUUAGCAAUAAUCGGAUUUGCAUCUGUGAAUAAAAGCAAGGAAAAUUCUCUACAAAUUAUGGCUUUGGCUUUUAUGGUUACUCUUUUCUAUAUGGUUUUGUUGCUUGUCACAGUGUUGCAACUUCACGUUCCAUUUAUGAUUGUUAUUCUCUUUUUUGGAAUAGUUGUUUCACUUUUAGCUUUGAUGAUUAUUUCGGUUACGGUUGGUUUGGUUUAUUUGGGCCUAUGGAUCUUCAUCUUUCUUUUGGUGGUGUGCUUUAAAUAUCGAAAAGUUUUCUAUGAAAUGAUUCCCAAAAGAAUAAAGAAUUUAUUUGAAAGGUCACGUGGUAAAGGGAAUGUUGAGAUUUCAUGUCACAAUUUGGAGUUAUCUGGAGUUGAGUCACUUCCAGUAUAAAAAGAAAUGGAUUGUAUUUGUAU